UACAAGUUAACCAAAGUCCUAUCCAAACAUCUCAAACAUGGAAGGUACGAAAGAAAAAGAACAUCUUUUAGCUUUAAAAGUGAUGAGGCUCACCAAGCCCUCUCUUAUGCCGUACCACCCCCUAAUUAGUGACACUAGAGAUCUUCAAGGGGAACUACUCCAUGGAAUUCAGGAAUCGGAUAUUGCACAGCCCAGUGGGGUUCCUUAUUUUGGGCUUGGAGAUUUAUUAACUUUGCCACAAAAUUUUGGGAACAUUUUCCUUGGUGAGACGUUUUCCAGCUACAUCAGUGUUCACAAUGACAGUACACAGCAGUGCCGAGACAUCACUUUAAAGAUUGACCUGCAGACGACAUCCCAGAGACUGAUGUUGUCAGGAGCAGACGUACCGGCAACAGACGAGUUAGGACCAGAUCAGAGUAUCGAUGAUGUCAUACACCACGAGGUCAAAGAGCUUGGCACCCACAUACUUGUUUGUGCUGUUAGUUACACAACCAACAAUUAUGAAAAGAUGGCAUUUAGAAAGUUCUUCAAAUUCCAGGUCUUGAAGCCACUGGAUGUGAAAACAAAAUUCUAUAAUGCAGAGUCAGAUGAAGUUUAUCUGGAGGCCCAAAUCCAGAAUAUUACACCAGGGCCAAUAUACAUGGACCACGUCAGUUUAGAACCCUCCUCUCAGUAUCUGUGUACACCGCUCAACAAUGCUGAGGGCAAGGAUCAAAAGGAGAUGGUGUUUGGCAAGGUUAAUUACUUGAACCCCAUGGACAUCCGUCAAUAUCUCUACUGCUUGGUUCCCAAACCCGAAGUCAUAAAGCAGAACAAGGUCAUGAAGGGAGUGACAGACAUCGGCAAAAUCGACAUCGUGUGGAAGACCAACUUAGGGGAACGUGGGCGGCUACAGACCAGUCAGCUACAAAGAGUGGCUCCUGGAUAUGGAGACAUCAAAGUAACUCUGGAGGAAACACCAGAUUCUGUCGUGUUGGAGUCCUCUUUCAACUUCAUCUGUAGGAUAACUAAUUGCUGUGAAAGAACCAUGGAUUUAACCCUCACCCUCCAAAACAACCAGCCCAGUGGACUGCUGUGGACAGGGAUCUCUGGAAGACAGCUGGGCAAACUCGCUCCAAAGGAAAAUCUGGACCUGAGACUCACCCUGAUUGCCACCAUUCCAGGACUACAGACAAUAUCAGGACUUAGAAUAACUGACAAUUUCCUGAAAAGAACCUACGAACAUGAUGAAUUAGCCUCUGUCUUUAUCUACAAUGACUCCAAUCCCUGACAUGGUAGAUAAUCCCCGGCUGAUCCCGUGACUCAAAUAAAGGCUUUCAAGGGACGUAACUUGAUAUUUAUCAAUUGGAUGUUGUGUCUCUUCUAUUUGUUUAACGAUUUUACCAGUAUGUGAGGAUACACUUAAUGAAAAGUUUCUGUAUUCCCCAGAGAAGAAAACAAUAUACCAGCUUGAUAAUAGUUUUAGUAAUUAACUUUUUUUUUAUAAAGUUUACCAGUAUUUCAAGACUAGUGCAUUCCUCCAAGUUUAUUGAUGCAGUCGCAUUUGAUUUGUCUUUCAUCCUGGGAAAUGGAUCGAAUGUGAGCUUGACUUAUUUAUGACUUUAUAUUGCUUGGUAGUUCAUAAACCGCUGAAUCAUGUGUACUGUAUGAUUUAUUGAAGUGCAAUAUUGAUACAAUUGAAAUGCAGUUUUAUAGAAUGUGCUGUUAUUGAUUAAAAGUAUACAAAAGACA